AUGAUCAAUUCGCAAGAAUCUUGUGCCGUUGUAAACAAUGCAAGACACAGGUGGCAAGUGGCCUUUGCUGCUAUUUACUCCUAUAGAGCUAUAGCUUCUCUUUUCAAUGAAGUUGCUGCCAAGAGAAAUCACAAUACUCCAUCAUCAUUUGUUGCCAUCCAUGUUGGUGAGCCAGACUUGUUCUUUUCAGAUCUUAACAAGACACGCAUAAGCAACCUUGUGAAGGACAAAGAUCAUGGCACACUAGCUCAUCAAUUUGGAGGUGUAGAUGGUCUUGUAAGGUUGCUUCAAACCGAUGAAAGGAACGGCAUCAAUGGAAGCCCGGAAGAAAUUUCCUGUCGACACAAAGCGUUCGGGUUCAACAACAAUUAUCAUAAGCUAACAACAAAGAGCUUCCUCCACUAUGUGCUAUCAGUAAUGAAGGAUCCAAUACUCAUUAUCCUAUUGGUAUGUGCCACCCUGUCUCUUGUUUUCAACAUAAGGGGAGAUGGAUUCAUACAUGGAUGGUAUAAUGGUGGAAGCAUUUUCAUUGCUGUUCUUGUUGUUGUUGCCGUUUGUUCAAUUAGUCACUUCUGGCCCUAUAGACACUUCAAUAAGCUGCUACAGAUGAGCAAUGAAAACCAGUUUAUUCAAGUAGUAAGAAAUGGGCAGGAGCAGCAGGUUUUGGUAUCUGACAUCGUCGUCGGAGAUGUUGUUUGCUUAAGGAAUGGCUGCCAAGUUCCUGCAGAUGGAGUUCUUUUGAGUUCCAAUUCAUUAUUGCCAUUGCUUGUGGAUGAAUCAACCUUGGGAGUGGAGCACCAAGUCGAGGUUAGUAAAGGCACAAAUCCUUUCUUGUUUUCUGGGACAAAGGUUGAUCAUGGCCAUGGUAAGAUGCUAGUAACUUCAGUAGGUGAAAACACCAAAUGGAAUGAGAUAAUGAGCCUUCUAGGCCAGGAACCUCACAAAUGGAGAUCUCUUGAAAGCCGGCUUAUAGCACUGACCAGAAUAACAAGUAUAAUUGGAUCUGUAGUAACAGCAUCCACAUUGAUUGUUCUGCUAGUUCGGUUUUUCUCUGGUUAUAUGAGAAAUAAUGAUGGUUCACUAAUGUUUAGAUCCGGCAAGAGUAACGCCUAUGAUGCUUGGCCUAAAGUAGUUGGGCUUAUGGUGAGCGCAGUGGCCGUUGCAACAUCGGCAAUCCCUGAAGGGUUGCCUUUGGCUGUGGCAAUUACAGUUAGCUACGCAGUGAAGAGAAUGCUAAAGAAUCAAGCAUUAUUCAGACAGUUCUCAGCUUGUGUUCAGCUUGCCUCAACCACUGUUAUAUGUACUGACACCAAUGAAAUACUAACACCCGUGAAACAAAACAAGUUCAAACUUUGGUUAGGUAAAAAAUUCUUUAUCCAUGAAGAGGGAGAGGAUAGUUCUUCAUCAUUAUCACAGUUAAUAGCAGCGAACAUUCGACACCUGGUCUGCCUGGGGAUUGGUCUAGGACAUAUUUCAAAUGAGGAUGACAUUAUCUGUUGGGCCGCUACGGAAUUAGGCAUGGAUGCCCAAGAGUCAAGGGAAGGUUUCAAUGUUCUCCAUGUUGAAACAUUGAACGAAGAAAUGAAGCAAAGAAAAGUUCUUUUAAGGAAUGAAGGUGACCACACAAUUCAUGUGCAUGUGAACGGAAAAGCCGAGGGGAUACUUUCCAAGUGUUCAUAUUAUUAUGGAGUUAAAGGGGAUGUGAAAGCCUUAGAUAAUGACACAAGGAGAAAUGUAGAAUGUGCAAUGCAAUUGAUGGAACAGGAACGGUUCAAAUGCAUAGCAUUUGCACAUAAAGCACUCAACGACAUUUCUGAAUCCCAUCCACGGAUUGAAGAUGACACAUUAGUCUUACUAGCACUGAUAGGUUUCAAGGAUCUCAUCCAUUCUGGGGUGCCGGAAGCUGUACAAGAUUGCAAACAAGCAGGAGUGAACAUCAAACUAAUUACAAGCGAGGAUGUUUCAACAGCAAAAGCUAUAGCUUCUGAGUGUGGCAUCCUUCAUCCCAAUCAAGAAUUCUGUAAUGGACAGGUAAUGGAAGCGCUGGAAUUUCGAAACUAUUCGCAUAGCGAAAGACUAGAUAUUGUUGAACAAAUCUGCGUGAUGGCCAAGGCUAGUUCGUCUGACAAGCUCCUCCUAGUGAAAUGCUUGAAAAAAAAGGCCAUGUGGUUACAGUCACCGGAAACAGCCCCGGCGAUGCCCCAGCCUUGGUAG